GGUGAAGUGGUAAAGCUGGUUGGUGACCUGCGACCUGUUGUGCUAGGAUUACGGUUAACUAGGCUAGGAACUGAUCUGACCAGCCUGCCAUACUGGAUCCUAGCAAAUACAUCUCUACAUUCUCUUCAUAUACAAUCUACAUAUAUCAAGGAGGUGGAUGAGAAUUUCUUCCAAGGAAUGGAGAGUAGCCUUCAAACAUUAGAGAUAUCUGAUAGUUGGCUUACUUAUGUACCAAGAGGAAUUAAUAAAAUAGUUUCAGGUUUAAAAACACUAGAUUUAUCCUCAAAUAAAAUCAGCGAAGUUGAGAUCGGAGCUUUUCAUAAAUUAGGUAAACUGGUGACCCUAAGUUUAGCUGAGAAUAAGUUGACCAGCCUUCCACCUGGUCUCUUCCUGCACAAUACUAACCUAGAGUACAUUGACCUGUCUUUCAAUCAUCUUAGGCAUGUGAGCGGUUUGGUGACAGGGCUUCCUUCCCUGGUAGAUCUUCGUUUACAAUACAAUUAUAUACUUGCCAUCAGUGAUGACACGUUCGAGAAAACUGGAGAAAUUCGACAUUUGCAUUUAGAGCAUAAUGUGAUUUAUGAGGUCGGUGAUAAUGCUUUCCAGUCCCUGAAGAAACUAAGAGAACUGCGGCUAGAAUUCAAUUUUCUUUCAAAGAUUUCAGAAUCCUUGCUUCGUCGUAAUCUGGCUCUUAAAAUACUGUACUUGGAUAAUAACCAGAUCAGGAGUAUAGAUACCAAAGCUUUCACAGGAGUUCCUAAACUGGAAAAAUUAACUUUGCAUCAAAACUCUCUCAAGGUGGUUGAGAAGGAUCUAUUAUCUGGAUUAACAUCUCUUCAAGAACUAUCCCUAGAGCAGAAUAAGAUUACAACUAUACACGCUCAUGCUUUCAGUUCCUUAUCUUCUCUUCAAUACCUGAACCUGUCCUCUAAUAAGCUGGCCAACUUAGAUGAUGUUAUGAUGAGGUACCCAUCCUCCCUCUCCUCUCUCUACAUCACGGACAACAAGAUUAUCUCCUUCAACGAGGCAACCUUCAGUGGACAAACCACAUUAGAAUUAAUUAUGCUCGGAAACAAUAAAAUAGAAAGUAUCACGGAGAAACUAUUUGCGGAGCUAAUAAACCUAUUCCGUCUAAACCUUCAGAACAAUCGGAUAGAUAGGAUAGAUGACGGAGCUCUGGGUCACUGUGUUCAACUCAGGUUCCUAGAUCUCAGCUUUAACCGUAUCCUGGAGAUAGGAUCUGGAACCCUGGCAGGUUUAAACCAGCUGGAGGAGAUGGAUUUAAGUAAUAAUAAACUUGAAAGUAUAGAACGAGGAGCAUUUCAGUCCCUGCACCAUUUAAAGCUUCUAAACCUAGCUGGGAACAAACUAGCAACCAUUGGUGAAGCUGCGUUCUUAGGUUGCCAUGGUGUUCAAACCCUCAUCCUUCACAGCUCCAUGGUGACCCAGAUACAGGCAGGAGCCUUUAAACCAUUCACUAGUCUCACCCACAUAGAUCUGAGACACAACUCUAUAUCUGAUAUAUUAAGUUGGAUGGAGAUGGAGAACCUUCCCCGAGUUCAGACAUUUCAAUUUUCCGGCAAUAAUCUGCACAAUAUCUCCGCCCUGAUAAGCCUAGGUAAACUGCCUAGCUUGGAGCAGGUUGAACUAGAGAACUGUAAUAUAUCCCACCUCAGUUCCAGUCUCAUCUCAACCAACAAGAACCUCAAGAUUAUCAAACUAGGGAAGAACUUGAUCUCCCAUCUGCCCCCAGAAUUCUUUAGUAAACAAGUUUUUCUUCAGAGUCUCAGUUUGGACAUGAACCAGUUCAACACUGUACCUGGAGAUAGUUUAAGAUAUCUCUUCAACCUAAAGGAACUAAACCUAUCCUCAAACCUGCUCACAGAACUCACAGACUCAAGUUUUGACGAGGUAACUGGACUCACAUCUCUAGACAUAUCUGACAAUAGGAUCCAGACCUUUUCUCACAGAUGUUUCCACAAUGCUACCCGGUUGAAGGUGUUAAAUCUUGGUGGGAACCUUGUGUCUGAGUUCCCCAGUACAACCUUCCUCCCCCUCACCAGCCUUCAUACCAUAGCAGUAGACAGGAACCAGCUCAACUAUAUACCUAUAGCACUACAAGGGUUGAGAAAUGUCACCCACAUGAGACUAGGAAACAAUCCUCUAGUCAGAUUCAGAGAAAUGUCGAGUUCAUCUGGUUCAAUGUCCACUCUUCAUCAUUUACAUAUCACAGGAACAAGUAUGACAGAGAUAGAUGAAACAGAUAUCACUCUUUGUCCAAACCUUCUUUCUCUUAAUCUCAGUUCCAACCAGAUUUCUAUUAUACGCCCUGGUGCCUUCAAAUCCCAGAAAGAUCUUGUAAAGCUGGAUCUACAGCUCAACCAACUUAUUCGUUUACCUGGGCUCAGUCUUCAAGGAUUAGUCAGUCUAGAAUAUCUGAACCUGAAAGAGAAUAAACUGGGUCGGUUGGAUGAGUUUAGUUCAGAUCUUAGAAAUAUCAAGAUUCUUGAUUUAUCAGGGAACCAGAUAACCUCUAUAGAAUCCAGAGUUUUCCAGUCCUUGGGUAAUCUACUGAAGCUAGACCUGGCUAGGAAUAGAAUUGCUCAGAUUGAUCAACUAGUCUUCCAGAAUACAGUCCACUUAAAAAGUUUAGAUAUGCGUUCCAAUCUUUUGGAUAAAGUUCCUGUUGAUGCCUUUUCCGUUCUAGAACAUUCCUUGGAAUCUCUUCAUUUCGAAGAUAAUCCCCUAGUGUGCUCCUGCCGUACAUAUCGACAUAAACUCUGGUUCAGACAAAACCGGAAAUGGAUGGACUUGAACAAGAGGAGCAGCAAGGUUGGACCACAGUGCAUGAAACCUGAGAACGAGCGGGUUGCACCACAGUGCAUGAAACCUGAGAACGAGCGGGUAUAUAUCUAA